AUGAUUCGCUCUUCUUCUAUAAAUAGGGCUCAGCUCUCCCCAUUUCUUACUUUCGCUCCUACUGCCAAGGUAUUUGCUCUCCCAGUCAUCGUCCGCCGUGCUCUCUCGUCGACGGUUAUUUUUCGAGCUACUCCGACAAUGUCUUCCGAGUCCUCCUCCAACUCUGAGGCCGCCAUUCUCCCCGAACAUUGUAGGGAAGAAACUUCGACUGAUGUUUCGAGUUCGAGAUCUACCGAAUAUUCUUCGAACGCAUCGCUGGUUCGAAAGAAUUCCCGAGUCGUCGAGGUCGGCUCUAGUAGUCGUAUUCCGAUUCGGGCUCCGGAGCUGAUGGAUCAGAAUCUUCGCGAACCCGAAGGUCAAGUCCCUGCUGACCAGAACCUGGGCCAGGAGCCGGGCGUGAAGACGGAUGAAGACGCUCUUUUGCGGGAGGUCGGCGAGGAAGAGGCGCGAGAUCCAAACGAUGACGACAUGAUGCCAAUCCUGGAGCGGCCAUCUAUGUGCGCCCCCGUGAAGUCUACGCUUUCGUCGCUAGAAACGGUCCCCGAGCCGGAAGAACGUCCUUGGGAUGUUCAUGAGGACUUCAUCUGCGUCUACGAGGCAUACUUCCGCGAGACCGGUCUGACUUUCCCUUUGCCUCGUCUGCUUUUUGCAUACUGCAAUCGUCGCGGUUGCGCGGUAUCCCAGCUGCAACCAGCUUCAAUAGUAAACUUUGUCGGAAUCCUCCAGCUCGGGCGUGAUAUCCGUGCUCGCAUCAACGUCGCCCAGUUCGAGGAACUUUUUAUCAUGAAGGUUUCUCAGGCUAAAAGUUGGUUUCUAUCGGUGAAUUGCAACCCGAAGUUCGACCUGGUCACCGGAAACAAGGCGAGCAAAUUUUCGAACUGGGACAAGAGUUACUUCUUCGUUCGCGUCGACUCGCAGUCUGCUGAGAAUCCGGAGAGCACGUUCCGGACUGGCUGGAGUGUUGAUUUUGAUCGCCACGUUCCAGGAUUCAUUCAGCGCUCCCUUACGACCGACCUAGCGAAGCAGCUGAGCCUUGCCAGACAGCGUCGUUUGCCCCGAGCUUACCAGGAAAAGAUCGAUCGGUGGAUAAAGAGAGCUCAGGACAGAGCUAAAACUAAGGCCGAAGCUAGUUCGUCGAGACCGGAACCAAAGAAGAAGAACCCGAGGAAAAGCAUCAAGAAGAAUCGAAGGAAGAUGGCUUUCGACAAAUCGGACAUUCCGAUGAUGAACUUCGAGGCUGACGAUGAGGAUGAUAAUGCCCUAAUCGACAUCGUCGGCCUCAACGGGAACGAGGUCGGCGAUGGUAAUGAGGUCGGCGAUGGAAAUGAGGUCGACAACGUCCCGGCGGAUCAAGCUGAUCUAGUGAUCCCGGUUGAAGAUUCUGCACCCGGUGAAGCGGGGACUGGCGUUCCCAAGGUGGUUCCUCAGCCGCAAAUGGAGGAAGGCGAGAUCGGUGAGCAGGACGAGGACGAGCUCACCAUUGCCGACCGCGCCCGGAGGAAGAAGGGAAAGUCCUCGAAGAGGUCUUCUCGGAAGAGGGGCGGCGAUCCCGAGACGACCGUAAGCAAGGGGACGGGGAUAUUGGUGGUUCUUUAUGGAGGGGAUAUUGGUGGUUCGCCCGCUGCUUCUCAGGAUCCUCCCGAGUGUCUGGCGGCCGAAACCGGGAACCCGAGGUCAUCGAAGAGGCGUCGAAGCGGUCCUUCUUUGACGAUGCUUCCGCCUGCCGAGCUCUUCAAGCAGAUAGUUCCAGCUUCGUCUCCAAUGCCCGAGACUAAGGAUCUCUUCCGUCCUAAGUCUUAUGCCCGGGUCGCGAGAUCCGCCUCUGCUCUCGUCUGCGACACCAACAAACUCGUCCGGGAGUAUGAUUCUGAAGUCGAGAGGCUGAGGAAGAUCAACGCGGAGAUCGCUGCUGAGAGGGCGUCAUUGGAGGUGUCGUACCGGGAUGAAAAGGAGAGGUACAAAGCUUCCGUGCUGGCCUUCACCGAGAAGGAGAAGGAGAACGUCGCUCUGAAAGAGAAGGUCGGGGCUCUGGAGGCGCGGACUGCCGAGCUGGAGGGUGAUAUGGAUGCUCUGUCCAAAUCAUUCAAAACGAGCGAGCUCGAGAGGCAGAAGUUCCGGGACGCCGAAUCAAAGGGCCGGAAGAUGAUGCAAGCACUGAGGGGCAAGUGCGAGGGGAAGCUGGCCAAGAUGAAGGACUUCAUGGACAAGUCUGAGCUCAGAAAGGCGCCGUUCCUCAAGCUCAAUCAAGCGACUGCUUUGGUCGGCUUCUGCGACUUCCUCAGGCGGGAACACAACAUGAUUGUCCCGUCUCACAUCAUGGAGACGUAUCAGCGCAGGAUCAGGAACUGCACGAAGGAGGUCGAUGACGUCCCUCUCCCGCAGCUCGGGAAUGAAGACUUCAUUCUUCCGAGCGAUGCCGACCUCAUCCCAAGGAUCGUGCUUCCGCCGAGGACACAUGUUCCGGAGGGCUUGGACCAGUUUGGUUCAAACUCCAAAUCCAUCUCGGCAGACCGGGCAGCGAGUUUGAAGAGUCUGGCGUCCGUUGCUCGUCAGUAG